AUGGCUCCCGCCGUCGGUAUCGAUUUGGGUACCACGUACUCUUGCGUGGGUAUCUUCCGUGAGGACCGAUGUGAUAUCAUCGCCAACGACCAGGGUAACCGAACUACUCCCUCAUUCGUCGGUUUCACCGACACCGAGCGUCUGAUUGGUGAUGCCGCCAAGAACCAAGUCGCUAUGAACCCUCAGAACACUGUCUUCGACGCCAAGCGAUUGAUCGGUCGCAAGUUCGCCGACCCUGAGGUUCAGGCCGAUAUGAAGCACUUCCCCUUCAAGAUCGUCGACAAGGGUGGCAAGCCCAACAUCGAGGUCGAGUUCAAGGGCGAGACCAAGACCUUCACCCCCGAGGAGAUCUCUGCUAUGAUCCUUACCAAGAUGCGUGAGACCGCUGAGUCUUACCUCGGCGAGACUGUCAACAACGCCGUUGUUACUGUCCCUGCCUACUUCAACGAUUCUCAGCGUCAAGCCACCAAGGAUGCUGGUCUCAUCGCCGGUCUCAACGUUCUCCGAAUCAUCAACGAGCCUACUGCUGCCGCCAUUGCCUACGGUCUUGACAAGAAGGUUGAGGGCGAGCGCAACGUCCUGAUCUUCGAUCUUGGUGGUGGUACUUUCGAUGUGUCUCUCCUUACAAUUGAGGAGGGUAUCUUCGAGGUCAAGUCUACUGCUGGUGACACUCACUUGGGUGGUGAGGACUUCGACAACCGUCUGGUCAACCACUUCGUAAACGAGUUCAAGCGCAAGCAUAAAAAGGACCUGAGCACUAACGUCCGCGCUCUGCGACGUCUCCGAACCGCUUGCGAGCGUGCCAAGCGAACCCUUUCUUCUUCUGCUCAGACCUCCAUUGAGAUCGACUCUCUCUUCGAGGGUAUUGACUUCUACACCUCUAUCACCCGUGCUCGUUUCGAGGAGCUUUGCCAGGAUCUCUUCCGAUCCACCAUCCAGCCCGUCGACCGUGUCCUUACCGACGCCAAGAUCGACAAGUCCCUUGUCCACGAGAUUGUCCUCGUCGGUGGCUCUACCCGUAUCCCCCGUGUCCAGAAGCUCAUCACCGACUACUUCAACGGAAAGGAGCCCAACAAGUCCAUCAACCCCGAUGAGGCUGUUGCCUACGGUGCCGCCGUCCAGGCCGCCAUUCUCUCCGGUGACACCUCCAGCAAGGCCACCAACGAGAUCCUGCUUCUCGAUGUCGCUCCCCUCUCUCUCGGUAUCGAGACCGCUGGUGGUAUGAUGACCAAGCUUAUCCCCCGCAACACCACUAUCCCCACCAAGAAGUCCGAGGUCUUCUCCACCUUCUCCGACAACCAGCCUGGUGUUCUUAUCCAGGUCUACGAGGGUGAGCGUCAACGCACCAAGGACAACAACCUGAUGGGCAAGUUCGAGCUCACUGGUAUCCCCCCUGCCCCCCGUGGUGUUCCCCAGAUUGAGGUCACCUUCGAUCUUGAUGCCAACGGUAUCAUGAACGUCUCCGCUGUCGAGAAGGGCACUGGCAAGUCCAACAAGAUUGUCAUUACCAAUGACAAGGGCCGCCUGUCCAAGGAGGAGAUCGAGCGCAUGCUUAACGACGCUGAGAAGUACAAGGAGGAGGAUGAGGCUGAGGGCAAGCGUGUCGCUGCCAAGAAUGGAUUGGAGUCGUACGCGUACUCUCUUCGCAACACCCUCUCCGACCCCAAGGUCGAGGAGAAGAUCGAGGCUAGCGACAAGGAGACCCUCACUGCCGAGAUCGACAAGGUCGUUCAGUGGCUUGAUGACAACCAGCAGGCUACUCGUGAGGAGUACGAGGAGCACCAGAAGGAGCUCGAGGGCAAGGCCAACCCCAUCAUGAUGAAGUUCUACGGAGCUGGUGGUGAGGGUGCUCCUGGUGGCAUGCCCGGUGGUCCCGGCGGCUUCCCUGGUGCUGGCGGCCCUGGUGGUGCUCCCGGUGCCGGUGGUGACGAUGGUCCCACCGUCGAGGAGGUCGACUAA